AUGCAGAACCCAGCAUGUCUACUUUAUGGCCCAGGAGACGCCCGUUUCGAGGACCGACCCCUCCCUCUGAUCGAAGAUCCCUACGACGUGAUCAUCCGCAUCGCCUACGUCGGCGUCUGUGGAAGUGACGUCCAUUUCUGGACUCACGGAGGUGUUAAGCGAUUCGUCUCCCCUUCAAACCCCCUGGUCAUGGGCCACGAGGCUUCGGGAAUCGUGCACAGUGUCGGCCCCGCUGUCUCAACCCUGCAACCGGGUGACCAAGUCGCCAUCGAGCCCGGCCGUGCAUGCCGACUCUGUAGCCGCUGCAAGUUGGGGAAGUACAACCUGUGCCCGCAAAUGGAGUUCGCCGCUAGUCCACCUAACCACGGUGCGCUGUGCAAGUAUUUCAAGAUGCCCGCUGACUGCUGCUACAAGAUCCCCACUAGUGUGGGUCGGUCUUUUGGGCUCGAUGAAGCUGUUCUCGUUGAGCCAUUGUCUGUUGCUGUGCAUUCCGUGAGACAGGUUGGUGUCCAGCCUGGUGAUAAGGUUGUUGUUUUUGGCGCGGGGACAGUCGGAUUGCUAUGUGCGGCUGUCGCGAGGGAGUUUGGGGCUAGUGUGAUUACCUCGGUGGACAUUAGUCGCGACAAAUUGGAUUUUGCGCAUUCAUUUAUACCGAAUGGGAGGUUGUCCUUUUCGACGGCGAUUCCGACGCAUAGUCUCUCGCCCGAGGAGAAUGCUCAGUGUUUGAGGGGGAUGCAUCGCAAUGCGCAUAUUACUGAGACGGAUGUUUCAGGGUUUGAUGUUGCUAUUGAGGCUACGGGUGCGGAAUCCUGCAUCCAGAUGGCUAUCCAUGCGCUUAGGGUCGGGGGCUCGUUUGUGCAGACGGGGCUUGGGCAGCGGAAUGUCAGUUUUCCGAUUUCGACGGUCUCGGAGAAUGAGAUUAAUGUAAAGGGGUGUUUCCGGUAUGGACCGGGAGAUUAUAAGAUGGCGCUGGAGUUGGCCUUUACGAGGAAGAUUGAGUUGAAGUCAUUAAUCACCAAGGUUUUUCCAUUUGAGAAGACGGUUGAGGCUUGGGAGAAGACGAAGAGAGGCGAGGGAAUCAAAACAUUGAUUCGGGGUGUUGGUUAUAUGGUGGAAGAUGACGAAGAGAAUGAGCGGGAGGUUAAGGGGUAUAGACCAGAGUAUAUGUGA